AUGCUAAACGUGAUUGGGCUUUCUGUUGAGUUAAUGAUGAAUCCAUUCAUUUUGGUUACCAAGCCUUUUGUUUUUCUCAAGGUUUUCUGCGUGCUUGGUGUACAAGUUCUUAUUUUCGCUUGUGCAACAUGGUUGACUCUAGUGAAGUCCGUAAUCAAAAUUCAGAUAGAUGUGUGUUGGAGCGUUAUUGCCUGGGCGUACUACAUUAUGUCUCUUCCGAUCAGGAUUAUGACGGCCUUACAGAGGGAAAAAAUGGUUUGCUCUUGUCCCGUCUUUUAGGUCAAUCAUUUUAUAAUAUAUACGUGCCCAUUCAGAAAUCUAGAUCAUUUGAGUGAGAAAUAUCUGCAUUUAAAAAAUAUGGGCAUGUUUCUUAAUCUGUUUCCUAGAUAGUUCGGCAUCACUUUUGCGUUCUCCUACUGUAAAAGCUUAUGAAUUUAGUGACUGUUCAGUGCUAUAUAAUUCAAUGUUAAUGCCAAUUUUUCCAUUUACAAUGGAUCAUUUCUUAUGUGUACAGUUAGAAAUGAGCUUGCAUAAGUUGCAAACUCAGUUGGAGAAUCUCACGUGGGAAAAUAAGCAACUUGAAGAUUGCUUAGAUGCCUCAUUUAAAGAAUGCAGAGUCAUCGAGACAUUAUUUGCAAAGAUGGAGCAAGAGCAAGACAAAGCCCUUGAGAAAAUUGACUUUCUUGAGAAUGAGGUAUAGCAUGCUCUAUCUGCUCUGGUUUGAUGAUUGAAUCGGUUUCAUCUUUCACGUAGAGCCUUAGUUUCCCUGUCAUAUACGUCCCCCCACGAACAUCCUUGAUUGUUCCCCUGUCUUGGAUGAGAUCUUUUUUGGUUCAUCCACAUUAAUUUGUUUGAAAUGAUUGUAAAUUAUUGUAAAAUACUGAACUUUUCAAUUGAUGCUUCAUUCUUAUAUUGCAGCUAAAUGUUUUGGGCGAUGUAAACUUCCCUUUGAUUCUAGGGGGAGAAAAAAUUUGAAGGGGACGUUUCGAGAUUUUGUACGUUUUUUCUCGUCUCAGGCAAGAAACGUAUUGUAUUUUGGGAACUUGGGCUACACGGAUUGUGCAGUUGUGCGUAAUCUUAUCUAGGGACUCCCCAUAUGUUAUGAAACAAAGGAAAUUACAGGAAAUCUUGUCGCGUUUUCUUUUUUGUUAUGUUGCCUCUAUAUGGGUUAGAUCAGAGAUAUCCUCAGAAAUGAGUCCUCGUUAAAACAUAUAGUUGAAUGAUUGUAGGUAAAUUAUUUGUAGAAUUUCUGUUCAUAGAAAUUGUAUGGCUAAUGUCUGUACCUAUUAUUGAUUCUCAAUUAUUUAAAUCUAUGAAUUAAAAGUCCUCCCAAAGCGGUCUAAAAACACAACGGAUCAUUUACGUCCGAACCUGAGUUAUGAAAAUUGUAACGGCAUAAAGAGCUAUUGUUUAUCCGUUUCAUAUGAGCUCAAAUGUUGCUUCCCAUAUUUUUCCAGAGCAGUGCGUCCCCGCAUCUGUUUCUGGGUUUGCUUCUACUUUUUUAUAUACUAUCUUCAAGUAUGGCCAGUCCUGAGUCUUUGGAACCACUUCUAAAGAACUGUAGAAACACAGUGCUGCCAUAACUGGAACUGACAUAUGACUAAGGUAUUGGGUAGCCUCCUUUCAUCUAUGUAAUGACUUCACUGUCACAAAAAAUUGAAAACAGACUUGUGCAGCUGAAGAGAAUGCCAAGGGAUCGAUUUGGUAUUUAUUCCGCUGCUUAAGAGGGUGCUUAGGUGACCGGGAAGUGACCGAGAAGACAAAAUUCUAAGAAAUCCAUGCACUUCUGUGGACAGUUGCAGGAUCUGAGAGAAGAAAACCUGCAGGUGAGUGAACACCAAGGGAAAAGCUUCUGGGAUGAUCGACGGCAGUACGGUAAACGCGACAGCAGAGUGCACAAGGGCGUCCCGCUGGCGUGGACUGCCGGCUACGACGACGCUGAAGCCCCCACCCCCGGCGACGACCCGAGGGCUUCUGCAGAAGGCUUAGUCGAAGAGGCGGCGUUGGAGAAGCGGAGGUACGUGGCCCUCUACCGGAGCACUUUCAGCGUAGUGCUGUCGCUCCUGGUGGGCCUGAUCGUCUGGGAAGCCGAGGACCCGUGUUUGCCGCUGGUGGCCGCGCUCUUCACCGUCGUCGGCAUGUCCCUGGGCAGCGUCGUCCAGUUCUUCUCUGCAAUACGGAACAAACCGGCCUCUGACGCCGUUGCGCUGCUUAGCUUCAACUGGUUCGUGCUCGGCACGCUCACUUCCCCGUCCCUGCCCAGGCUUGUGCGCGUGCUGGCCCCGCUAGUCCUGAGGCUCGGCGGCCGCCUGCUUCGCAAGAUCGGCUUCGCCUCUUAG